GUGAGUUUUUAAUUGCAUUAUUAAAAUUGUCACUUGUGAGUGCACUGUAAGUUGUAGACAUUACUGUAAUACCAAGCAAGAUGUUCAGACAGUUAGUUAAAUUAUUGAAUCCAAGCAAAUUAAAUUUGAAGUUUCAAAGAUUUUACUCUCCUCACAAUGACCCUUGUGGUUUGCCUCCUUACCAUUCUUGGGACCCCAAUGCAGAUGGCCUUUCAUGUGAGGGUAAAAUUGCUGAUGGGUCAGGUUUAAUUCUGGGAGUGUAUUACGAUGAAAAGGACUAUUUAAAUCAAACCAUCUGUUUAACAAAAGCUGCAGCUUUGUUCAAUCACAAUAUCAAUGGGAAGCUAGUUGAACAGUUGAAGGCUUUUGGUCCAUUGCCAAAGUUGGGGGAAGUUAGAACUUUUACCCAACUAGAUCCUGCUUACAACUUGGUGACGGUUGUUGGUCUUGGAGACAACAAUGUGGGGUAUGUAAAGCAGGAAGCACGAGACGAAGCUAAAGAGAACAUCAGGAAAGCUGUAGGAGUAGCGUGUAGAGUGUUACAAGACCACUUUGUUGAUAAAGUUUAUGUGGAAGGAUUUGAGGAUCCUGAGUCAGCUGCAGAAGGAGCUGUGCUGGCUCUAUGGGGCAAUCAGCACUUGAGAGACCCUACAAACCGGACCAUUAAAGUACCAGAUAUCAUGCUGUAUGGGGAUUGUGAUUGGAAAAAGUGGCGUAUUGGCUUGGAAAAAGCUGAAGCACAAAACUUUGCAAGAAGGUUAAUGGAGGCCCCGGGAAACUUGAUGACUCCCAGGAAAUUUGCCUAUGCUGUAGUUCAGUCACUUUGCAAAACCAGUGUUAAUGUCACAUUACGGGGAGAACAAUGGCUGAGAGAAAAUAAUAUGAAUGCUUUCCUCACAAACACUCAAGGAUCUCCACAACCACCAUGCCUUCUGGAAAUCGAUUACAAUGGUUGUGAUUCAUCUGUUCCUCCAAUAGUUUUGAUCGGUAAAGGUUUAACAUAUAACAGUGGGGGUCUCUGUCUAAAAACAUGUGACCAACAAAAGUACAUGAGAGGAGACAUGGCAGGAGGAGCAGUUGUUGUAGCCGCUUUUAAAGCUCUGGCAAACCUUGGUUUACCAGUAAACGUUCGUGGUUUAAUACCUUUGGGGGAAAACAUGCCUGGCGGAACAGCAGGGAGACCUCGGGACAUUGUUAAAUCUACAAGUGGAAAAUCAAUAUUAGUUGCCAACCAAGAUUUUGAUGGAAAUCUUUUGCUGGUCGACACAAUCUGCUAUGCUCAGCGUUUUAAACCUAAAUACAUUGUCAGUUUAACAACAAUGAGCAAAGAAAUUCGUACUUCAUUUGAUCUUGCUUGUUCCGGUCUAUUUAGCCGAAAUGAAAAGCUGUGGCAACUACUUAAAAUAUCUGCUGUCCACUCUGGAGACAGACUAUGGAAGUUACCGCUGUGGCAAAUGUACGAGAGAGAAAUAAAAGAUGUCACAUGCUCUGACCUUUCAAACCUGGUGAAGUAUGAGAAAGGAUUAGCUUGUUCUAAUGCUCAGUUUCUAAACCAGUUUACUUGUAAGGACAACUGGGCGCAUAUAGACAUGUUUGGGGUGAUGUACGAGAUAGGGAAGACACCUUAUUUGAGAAGAGGAAUGUCAGGCAGACCUACAAGAACUUUGAUCGAAUUCCUUGGACAAAUAGCUUACCCUCCACUGGACAUUAUUGAAAAAGAACAAUCUGCAGCUGAAGAGACAGAAUAAAACUGAAAGUGGCAAAAGAAGCUGAUUUAAAAUUACUUGUCAUAACUGGGUGCUGAUUGGCGAAUCAGUAAAUGGAAUUGGGUGGAAUAAUUUGAAAUUUUGUUAGCAAACUCUGUUUUGAUUUAACUUAUACAUUCUUGAACUAAAUAGUUGUACUAAUAAAAUAUUGGUCACUUA